AUGAAGUUCACCUUGGUUGUCGAAGAGCCACAGAACGGAGACCACUUCACGCCGAUGGAAGAAGUGCAUGUAUCCAAAUCCUAUUUCAAGCUCUUUGACCAAUCUAAACUUGUAUUGCCACAUGACGGAUCAUUCAUCACGACCAAGGGGUAUCAGGAAGAGCCAAGCUUGGUCCCCUUUAUCUUCUCCUUCCCACGUCACGCUUCUAGACUCGAUACAGCUACCGGAACAGGAAGCCUGUUGCCUCCGCACUUGGAUAUCUACUCGGCAGGACUGAAAGUGAGGGCAACCUACUCCAUCACAGUGAGAGUCCACCGGCCAGGGCUCCUAAAGAGAAGCCUCAAGGCACAGCAAGAACUCAAGUACCACCCGACAGCACUGAUCUCACCAGCCCAACCAUGCAUGGGUCCUGGUCGACUCGACUACCCAGAGUGCGUCAGGAACACCGCCAUGCUCCCAGCUAGCAGUCUGGGACUCCCGGGGGACUCCCCCCACGAAGUUCUUCCACCGCAUUGUCUCCCAGCAUACUCCCCGGCCCUGAUGCUCGAGCUGAUAAUGCCAUACCCCGCCCUUCUGUCGAGGGGAACAAAGCCCAAGUUGCAGACACUCGUCCAUUGUCCCACCGGCCUGGUCAAGGCCGUCGGGGCAGUCUACAUCCGGAGCGUCACGGCCCGUCUGCGGAGCACGACGACCAGUCGGAUCGGCUCGACUUCGAGGACGGACACGGCAUACCGGCCUAUAUGGCACGCCACAGGGGUCGUUCCCGUCGACCGGCAGAGGUUCGAGGUGGAUUGCGGCGUGUGGCAGGAUUGCGUCCCUCCGGACGUUCCGCCGAGUUUCGAGUCUUGCGGCGUCUCGCAGGCGUAUGCUGUUGAGGUUAUUCUGGGAGUGUCGUCGCAGCUUCAACCGCAGACUCAGUGGCCGUCGAUGUGGCUGCGCGUGCUGACGUGCUCGUUCAAGUAUGUGGUUACCUCGAUUGGUGUCGUUGUCACGGAUCCUCCGCCAAGCUACUUCGCCCACGAUAGCCCGUCACUGCCAGAGGAGAACGGGGUGUUGGAUGUUGUGAACGUUGUGAAUGAGGGAGUUGAGCCGGGUUUGGCUUGUUGCUGCGGCUGUUGCCAACGCGUUUGAACACGAUAGGAGCCGUUUUUCUGGACGCGAAAUGAUCUGGGAUCUAAUGACAUGGCGGCAUUGGUGCUGUGGAGUUUUAAUUUUCUUGUAGCCUCCUCGGUUUCGAGCAUUUAGUUGCGCCUUUAUUUUUGUCC